AUGGCAUUUUCGAAAGAAAGUUCAUGUUUGUGGUAGCGUGGUCAUUGACUUGAAUAUCGGGCUUGGUGUACAGAAAUGGAAAGAAAUAGCCCACUGGGCACAGACACUGUUGGACAAUACAAGCAGAAUUACAGAAGAUAACAGCAUCGGACUCUGCUCUGCACCGUGGAUCCUGACACCAAAGUUCAGUCACUGGUGGCAGAAGUAUUUCACACUCGAACAACUACUCCUCUGUAGUUUUGUUUUAUAAUCCUCUAUUAUUUAGCACUUUUUUCUGCACUGCAAACACCAUGGCAACCGCAGGGUAUGGAUAUUACCGCACCACCAUUUUCCUGGCCAUGUUUGUGGGCUAUACGCUGUACUACUUCAACAGGAAGACCUUUUCCUUUGUGAUGCCCUCUCUCAUGCAAGAGAUCAAGCUGGACAAAGAUGACCUGGGCAUGAUCACUAGUAGCCAGUCUCUGGCCUAUGCUAUAAGCAAGUUCAUCAGCGGUGUGUUGUCAGAUCAGAUCAGUGCCCGCUGGCUCUUCUCCAUUGGCCUGUUCAUGGUGGGUGCCAUCAAUGUGGUCUUCUCCUGGUCCUCUACUGUGGCCAUUUUCUCUGGCCUCUGGUUCCUCAACGGCCUGGGUCAGGGCCUGGGGUGGCCCCCGUGUGGCAGGGUGCUGCGCAAGUGGUUCGAGCCCUCUCAGUUUGGGACGUGGUGGGCGAUUCUGUCCUGCAGUAUGAACCUGGCUGGGAGUUUAGGCCCCAUUAUUGCAACGUUGAUGGCCCAGAGCUACAGCUGGAGGACGACCCUGUCCAUCUCAGGCCUCUCCUGUUGUGUGGUCUCCUUCGUCUGCCUGCUGUUGAUCAGGAAUGAGCCCAAAGACGUGGGCUUGCCCAACAUAGACACUGGGGGGGCCAAGAAGGGCAAAGCAGGCUCAUCCAGUGAUGAGACCACCUUCAAAGAGUUCAUCCUGUCCCCCUACCUGUGGCUGCUGUCUGUGGGCUACCUGGUGGUGUUUGGGGUGAAGACAGCCUGCACUGACUGGGGCCAACUCUUCCUCAUCCAGGACAAGGGCCAGUCAACACUCAUGGGCAGUUCCUACAUGAGUGCCCUAGAGGUGGGAGGCCUGUUGGGCAGUUUAGCUGCAGGAUACUUCUCUGACAAGGCUGUGGCACAACAAGGCAUGAAAAGCCAUGGAAACCCCCGUCAUUUUCUCUUGAUCUCAAUGAUGGCUGGGAUGUUUGGUUCCAUGUAUCUAUUCCGGAUCACUGUCACGCCAGACAGCCCAAAGAUGUGGAUCCUCUUCUUGGGGGCUACAUUUGGCUUCUCAUCUUACGGACCAAUAGCCUUGUUUGGCGUGAUAGCCAAUGAGAGUGCUCCUUCAAACUAUUGUGGAACGUCACAUGCUAUUGUUGCCUUAAUGGCCAACAUUGGUGGCUUCUGCUCUGGACUGCCGUUCAGCACCAUCGCCAAGCACCACAGCUGGGAAAUGGCCUUCUGGGUAGCAGAGAUGACUUGUCUCAUCACUACCAUCUGCUUUUUCCUGCUGCGGAACAUCAGAACCAAGAUGGGUCACAUCCCCAAGAAGACUGACUGAUCACUACACCAACUCUCUGCUGUCAAUGUAGGAAAUUUAGGAUAAGAAUGUACAUUCUUAUUUAUUAAGUGUUUUUGAUUUGAGAAAGGCUCAAUUGUAUUGACGGGAGACAUGGUCCUGUAUAUUCUUAUUUUAAGAGAUGGUGAGACAUGGGAGUUGAGCGAGGGAAUAUUUAUUUUCACUGAAGAUGUAUUCAGAUGCAAAUACAUCAACCAUGUUGUGUUAACUCUUUUCAAUGCUCAUGGCAUAAACAGAUCCAAGAUUCAAGUAUUGAAAAUGUGUCAAUAUGAUCAUUUGAAACCAAGACACUUUAUGGUCAAAUGUACUGCUCUCUUUUUAAAUUGGCACUGUACUCAUAUGGGUGAAAUGUGUUUGACUAUAUAAGACUUGAAUAAAAUACCUUACUUUGUG